CCCCGCCUCUAGCCCAGGUUGCUGGAGGAGCUCUGGCGGCGGGGCGGCGGCGGUAGCAGCAGCAACUUCUGCUCUAGCUCCUGCUCUGUCUUGGGUUCGGGCUCCGGCUCCGGCACCGGGACCGGCACCGGCGGCGGCAGCAGCAGCAGCGCACGGCCUGGGGCUCCCGGCCGGCUGGCGGCGGCACAGGCUGCGCUCGCUCGCUCGAGCUCCCGGGCCGCGCACCAUGGCUCCUUGGCUGCAGCUCUGCUCCUUCUUCUUCACCGUCAACGCUUGCCUGAACGGCUCCAGGCUGGCUGGGGCCGCGGGGCCGAGCCGCCGAGGGCCGUCCGGGGACACCUGCGUCUGGAGGGGAGUGGUGCCAGUCAGCAGGAACAGUGGACUGCCUAAUGUCACCUUUAAAUAUGACAACUGUACCUCGUACCCGAAUCCAGUAGGGAGGCACGUCAUCGCCGACGUGCAGAACAUCACCGUCAGCCAGUACGCCUGCUAUGACCAAGUGGCCAUCACCGUCCUGUGGACCGCCGGCGCCCUGGGCAUCGAAUUCCUAAAAGGAUUUCGGGUGAUCCUGGAGGAGCUGAAGUCAGAGGGCCGGCAGUGCCAUCAGAUGCUCUUGAAGGACCCCAAACAGCUCAACAGCAGCUUUAAAAGAACUAGCAUGGAAUCUCAGCCUUUUCUGAAUAUGAAAUUUGAAACCGACUACUUCGUCAAGAUUGUCCCCUUUCCUUCCAUUAAGAAUGAAAGUAAUUACCAUCCCUUCUUCUUCCGGACUCGACCAUGUGAAUUGCUGCUCCAGCCGGACAACCUGGCCUGUAAGCCUUUCUGGAAGCCCAGGAACCUCAACAUCACCCAGCAGGGCCCCAAUAUGCAGGUGUCCUUCGACCACGCGCCCCACAACUUUGGGUUUCGCUUCUACUAUCUUCACUACAAGCUCAAGCAUGAAGGUCCCUUUAAACGAAAGAUGUGCAGGCAGGAACAGAAUUCAGAGAUAACCAGCUGCACUCUUCAGAAUGUGUCUCCAGGAGAUUAUAUAAUUGAGCUCUUGGAUGACACGAAUACAACCAGAAAAAUGAUUCAUUAUGCCUUAAAGCCAGUGCAUUCUCCCUGGGCUGGACCCAUCCGGGCCAUCGCCAUCACGGUCCCAUUGGUCGUCAUCUCCGCCUUUGCAACGCUCUUCACAGUGAUGUGUCGCAAGAAGCAGCAAGAAAAUCUAUAUUCACAUUUAGAUGAGGAGAGCUCCGAGUCGUCCACGUACACGGCCGCGGCCCCCAGCGAGAGGCUCCAUCCUCGGCCCAAAGUCUUCAUCUGCUACUCCAGCAAAGACUGCCAGAAACACAUGACGGUCAUCCAGUGCUUUGCCUACUUCCUUCAGGACUUCUGUGGCUGCGAGGUUGCCCUGGACCUGUGGGAAGACCGCCAGAUCUGCAGGGAAGGGCAGAAGGAGUGGGUCACCCAGAAGAUCCGGGAGUCCCAGUUUGUCAUCGUCGUGUGUUCCAAGGGGAUGAAGUACUUUGUGGAGAAGAAGAGCUGUCGGCACAGGGGAGGGCGGCGAGGCUCGGGGGGCUCCGGGGAUGGAGGCGAGCUCUUCCUGGUGGCCGUGGCCGCCGUGGCUGAGAGACUCCGCCAGGCCAAGCAGAGCUCAGAGGAGCUGGGCAAGUUCAUCGCCGUCUACUUUGAUUACUCGUGCGAGGGUGACGUUCCCGGAGUCCUGGAUCUGAGCACCAAAUACAAGCUCAUGGAUCAACUCCCCCAGCUCUAUUCCCAUCUACACUCGCGGUAUGCCGGCCCGCCAGAUGCGGACCUCUACCCUGCCAACCUCAGCAAGAGAAAUUACUUUCGGAGCAAGUCGGGGCGCGCUCUGUAUGUGGCCAUCUGCAACAUGCACCAGUUUAUCGAUCAGGAGCCCAACUGGUUUGAGAAGCAGUUCCUCCCUUUCCCUCCUCCCCUACCGCAUCACCAGGAUCCCAUCCUAGAGAAAUUUGACUCUGGUUUGGUGCUGAAUCAGGCGGCAGAAGCCGCUGUCCUCGGUGCUGGCGCUCCAGACCCUCAUCCGCUCCUGCCCCGCUUAAGCCUGGAAGAAGAUCUGGUCUCCCAGGACAUGCAUGAUGGCAGCUGCGUUCUCCGGCCCUUGCUGCACACGGUGAAGGCAGUCAGUCCUCCCGAUAUGCCUAGGGAUUCGGGCAUCUAUGACUCUUCCGUGCCAUCAUCAGAGCUGUCGCUGCCUCUGAUGGAAGGACUUUUGAUAGACCAAAUGGAGACCUCUUCUAUCACGGGAAGCGUCUCCUCUUCUUCAGGCUUAGGUGAAGAGGAGCCUCCUGUCCUCCCCUCCAAGUGCAUCGAUGCUGGAGCCUGCAAAGCCGCACUCAGCGGGCACGGGUUCACCGACGAACUCCCGGCGCUCGGCCCCUUAUAACCUGAGGAGGAUUCUAAUGCAUUGCCACUUUAGCCACAGGACGCCCCGGCCCCGCCGCCUGGCCUACUUGAAGGAACUCGAACCCUGUGUCUGGAGGCUUCUGGCCAGUCCUCGUCCCGGCCCUUUGGGCCUGGAAAAGCCCUCGUCUGCAGACUCUCGGGCAGCUCCCCAUCCCCGUUUUCCCAACUUAAGAGAAUUCCUUUGACCCACAUUCACACCUUAUGCUCAGAACCAAUAAGAAUCCUUGGAUUUGGGGCAUCUUCCCCAGCCGGAGCCCAAGGAAGGAGAGGAGUUGUGGAGGAGGGGAGAAAGAUGGGGACCCGCCCUCGUGACGUCUCUAGACCCACGUGGUGCUACUCAGCUGAAAAGAGAGAUGGGAACGGCCCCCUUUGACGUUGGAAGGAUGGACGGAACAAAAGCCUUUCAUGGGACAGACGCAGGCUUUAACUUUUGAUAAAAGUCACAGGAAUGUUCAGCCCCAUCCACAUCACUCACACACACACUCACACACACACUCACGCGCACACACACACACACUCACACACACACACUCACGCACACACACACACACGGGCCUUGGAGGUGGUAGAAUUUGUCCUGCAUUUGGAGGCUGGAGGCUGCCACUGACUACCUGGGUGGCCUUUAAUCAGCUCUUGAACCCCUGCUCUGGGCUUCAGUUUCCUUCUAAGGAAUGAUGGGGUUGGAGGAGAUGACCUCUGAACCCCCCCUUCUAGCCCUAAGUCGAUGAUCGUAUGAGACACGAGCCAUUGGAAAUGUGUGUUGGGAUGCGGCCUUCCUCCAGGUCUCCUUCCGUCCAAGAUUCUGGGUGCAUAAACCCACAAAGUCACAGGUGCAUACCUUGUAUAACUAGAGCUAAAAAGAGUCUCAGUUGGAAGAGACCCCAGUGGUCCCUUCUCCAACCCGUCUGGCCCGACUAUCAGUGCCGCCAUAUUGUCAAGUUCUCCUUCCAGCCUCUGCCUGAAGACCAGCAGUAGAGUGGGGCCCCGACCCUCCACACUGGGACGGCUCUGCUCCUUAGGACGCUUUUCCCAACUUGAGUCUAAAUCCUGUUCUCCAUAAUGUCUGCGUCUCUUUCCUAGUGUCUGCCCUCUGGGGCCAGGCAGAGCCGGCGAAUCCUCCUUCCACAGGACAGUCCUUCAUGUGCCUAGAGACAGCUUCUUUCCCCCAGAUUUAGCCUUUUUUCUUCUACUGGCCUCCAGGGCUGCUGGCCCCCAUGUUCCGAGGCGCCCUGCCUGCCAGUCCUUGAGCCCCUGGAUCUUAUUCACCGGAAACAUUCCUCGUCUGACCUUCGCUCAUCAACCUGUAUUUGGGGAGUUGAUUUUUUCAGCUGGCGGCCAACUUUAUCCCUAUUAAAUUUUAGCUUACUUGAGCCUGUUGGGGUUUUGUUGAAUCCCAUCUUCCAGGGUGAUAGCUGGCCCUCUCAGCGUGCAGUCAUCUGCCAGAAGUCCUCCUUUGCUUCCUUUAAAUCACUGAUAAGGCCAAUCAAGAAAGGGACACGGCCAGAGUUCUGGGGCCCUUUGCCUUUCCCAUUGACUGUGACCCACUCAUGACUACUCUCUAAGCCCCAGCGAUUCAGGCCCAAAUUCUCCAUUCAUCCCACAUCUUCCCAUCUUAUCCGUAAGUAGAGCAUAACUCAUUAAAUGUUCUGCUCACGUCUAGGCAGAUUAUGUCUUUGGUCUUCCUGUGGCAUACAGGCCUGUUUAACGUUGUCGGGAAAGGAAAUGAGAUUAGUCUGGCAUGACCUGCUCGAUGAAGCCAUGGUUCACAAACCAUCUUUUUAGGAUUCUAUUACAGAACAUUGCUAGGAAGGUCAUUCUCUCUCUCUCUCUCCUCUCCUCUCUCUCUCUCUUUCUCUCUCUCUCUCUUUCUCUCUCUCUCUCUUUCUCUCUCUCUCUCUCUCUCUCUCUCUCUCUCUCUCUCUCUCUCUCUCUCUCUCUCUCUCUCUCUCUCCCUCUCUCCCUCUCUCCCUCUCUCCCUCUCUCCCUCUCUCCCUCUUCCUCCCUCCCUCUCUCUCCUCUCUCUCU